GUCCUACCAUGGGGCCUCUGCCUCCUCCUUGGGCGCCACGGGCGACUUCCGCCGGAAAUUCGCGGAGAGUGGGCAGAACGGCUUCGUGAAGUUCUUCAACCCACAGCCGAACGGCUUCAGCUGGGGCACCACAGACUACUCGGCAACACAGCGAACUCUGGCCUGCCUCGAGGACCAGAUCUUGGCUGAAGGGCCAGAGACCAUUGCUGCCGUCCUCGUUGAAAGCAUCGUGGGUGCUGGUGGUGUCCUGGUCCCACCCGAGGGAUACAUGGAGGGCCUCCGGGCUCUGUGUGACAAGUACGACAUCCUGCUCAUUUGCGAUGAGGUCAUGGUUGGUUUCGGCCGCACGGGCCAUUUCUUCGGCUUCCAACACUUCGAAGGUGUUGUGCCGGACAUCGUGACUUCCGCCAAGGGCCUCACCGCCUCCUUCAUGCCGCUGUCCAUGGUCGGAGUCCGACAGAAGAUCAAGGAUUACUUCAUGACGCACCCCGUUGGCUGGGGCUCCACCUUCCACGCCCAUCCUGUAGCUCUGGCUUGCGCCUACGAGACUGUGAAGUACGUGCUGAAGGAGAACGUGCUUGACAAUGUGCGGAACCUGGAGCCUGUCAUGCUGGAGGAGCUCCAGAAACUGACGCUGAAGCAUGCCUCCGUGCGCCAGGCCCGGGCUGUGGGCCUUUUCGGUUGCUUGGACCUGCAAACCCCCAUCGGACAGACCGUCCAGCGCUUGGGCGAGCCUUCUCCGCCGGCAGUGCAACACCUACGAAAGGCGAUGUUUGACAAUGGCCUCUUCUCUCUCUUCCGGCCGCCGCUGUUGCACUGCUCGCCUCCGCUGAUCAUCAAUGAGGACUAUUUUCUGGCCGAUGCACGGACACCCGCGACAGAUCUCAAGCAGCAUCCCAGCAAGUUAUCAAAGUCCUUAAGCGAGAUGUGGCGGCUCUUGGUUCUGGUUGCUGCGGCUGCAGCUGCAGACCAGUUCGAACAACGGUCUGUAGUUGGCCAGCAUGGCAUGGUCUCCACGUCGCAUCCAGAGGCUAGUGCAGCUGCAACACACAUCUUGGAGAGAGGCGGCAAUGCAGUAGAUGCAGCCCUCGCAGUGCACUUUGUGCUUGCAGUCGUGGAGCCGCAGCAUGUCUCCAUCGGUGGCGGCGGUGUCAUGCUCUACAAGCCGCUGGAUGGAAAGGCUCUCCAUGUGGAUUUUCGUGAGGAAGCACCAGCACUGUACCAUCCAAAGACCUUCUGCAAGAAUGCGACUUGUGUUCUUGACCCACACUGCGACUGUAAUGGAACCUGGCCGAGCACAGAGCGUUGCACUGGCGGACAUGCCACUGGCACGCCUGGCUUCCCAGCCCUUCUUUCUCUCGCAGUGCGUGAUCAACUCGCUUCUUUGCCACUCUCAGAGAUCGCCGGGCCCGCGAUAGACUUGGCUCGCAAUGGCUGGAUCAUGGACGAGGGCCUCCACAAGAGCAUUCAGCAACAUGCCCCGCAGCUAGCCCGAGACCCUGCUUCGCGAGAGCUGUUCUUAAAUGCCAGCGGCAGUGGGCCCAAGGCAGAGGUUGGUGAGAUCCUUCGAAAUCCAGACCUUGCGGACACCUUGGAGUUGAUCGUGACUGCGCCGGAAGACUUCUACACAGGGCACCUAGGUGCGGAAUUUGUGCAGGCGGCAGCACAAGGCCUCAAUAGCGUGACAGGAAAGCAUGGUUUGCUGUCCAUGGCGGAUUUGCAUGGUUACAGGGCAGUGUAUCGUGAACCAGUGCAGUACGAGUACACCACUGCCUCUGGCACCACAUACAACAUCACCGGUUCCGCCCCACCCUUCAGCGGUGGAGUGGCACAAGCUCAGAUCUUUAAUUACCUCGAGCAGGUGGAAGGGACAGAUGCCACAGCCGCCCGCAGGCUUGGCCUUUUCAUGGAUGCGCAGAAUGCAGCAUUUGCUGACCGCAACCAGUAUGUUGCUGAUCCAGACUUCGUCGACGUCGACGUCAAGACACUGACAUCAAAAAGCUAUGCAGCAAGCCGUGCACAGGACCUGGUCGGUGGCUCUCAGAGAAUCCGUGGGAAUGAGAUGAGGGCCUUGUCUGUACCAGUGAGCCCUGGGAUCCUGAAGUCAAGCCGUGGUUCAUCUUCUUCGGAGGAUCACGGCACGUCUCACAUGACGAUCAUUGAUUCCCAGGGAAACAUUGUGGCCAUGACCACGACUGUGAACAUGAUCAUGGGCUCGAGGGUAACUGUGCCCGGGCGUGGCUACCUGCUAAAUAACGAAAUGUGCGACUUCGAUCCACUGGGUCUCGAUUCCGCUGGGCAGAUGACCGUCAAUGCUGCGGAGGGGGGCAAGCGCCCCAGGCGCACGGCUCUGGGUGACGAUAGCAGCUCCUUAGGUGGAAAAAGGCCGAGGUCCUCCAUGAGCCCCACUCUGGUUGUGCCAAAAGAGCCAGGCAAAGCUGCUUUCUCAUUGCUUGGCUUAGGAGCGCCUGGCGGCUCCGACAUUAUUGGUGGAGUAGCCAAUGUCCUGAGACAUACCCUGACUGCACCGGGGGCGGAGGUUCGACAGCUGCAGGCACACACCAACGCCCCGCGUGCCAUCGGCAAGAAUGAGCCGAGAAUGGGCAAUGCAGUCGUGGAGUUAGCACUCUACGAGGACAAGGAGACAGUUGCUGCCUUGCAGUCUUGGGGUUACAACCUCACGCACACGCCCUAUGCUCCGCCCUACUACGUGGGAGAGACGUACUCUCGAGUGCAAUCUGCAAUGAUGUGGCGUGCUGAUUC